AUAUAUACAUUUUAUUUUUAUAUAUUUUUUUUUACCGUUUCCUUUUUAUUUGCCAUUUGAGGAUAAUCUGUGAAUGAAGUCGUAUUAACAGAAGGAACAGCUGCAAUGACAUCCUUAAAUUAUUCCAUUAACAAAAUAAACAGCGCUGACUUCUGUCGAGUUUUCCAACAUAUGUUAUUCUGGUUUCGGAAUCUGGUAAUGCGUUUUAUACCAUCGAUCAUCUGUAACGAAUGAAUCACUUGUGUGUGACAAGUGGUACGUGAAGAUCAACGGGGAUUUUUUUGUUGGGCGCAGGUUUCCUUGGUUUUAUUUCUGCAUCAUAUUUACUGUCCGACAUCUUCGAGACCAGUGCUUUCAUUCACUAGUGAAGUUAGAUGCAGCAGUUAACCUCCUCACCACUGAGGACGCUGUGUUAUUAACUGCAGCCUAUCGCUUGCCGCGCGCGGGAUUGAACGUAUUUUUCAGGAUUUACGACUAAGCGGUUUUGUCGUGCGCGCGUUCUCUAGAACGUACGGCAGGCGCGUUUUGAAUUCGAAACCAAAUUAUUUGAUUGGUUUGGCAUCUGAUUGGAAGCCGCAUAUAUCCAUGUGAUCUAUUUGCAUAACCACGCCCACAUUUCCGGCUUGUUUUCGGGGAAUCCCCGAAGCAUGGUUGGGUUUUUCAUUGAAAAGGAAAAAAAAUAUAUCAAUUCACUUACAAACCUAAAACCACCGUCUUUGGCCCGUCCUCCAGCGAGUGGGGUAGACGCAUAAGUGGGCUAGUUGCAGAAUUGAUUUGCUUUGCCCCUCUGCCCUUCGUGCUUUUGCAAGCAAAUGAGCGCUGCAGACAGAGAAGCGGGAGAUAACAUGGCCGAGCAGGACGACAACCUGCAGUUUAGCCAGACUUUCCAGGACCUGUGGAACCUCAUGCCGGCGCCGAAUGAGAGUGAGAAUUGGGAAGACAUUGGACAUCUGAUCGAUGCUAGCCUUUUUGAGGCUACACCCCCCCAGCCCUCGGUGUCGCCCCCCGAAUGCGGGGCGCCCCCCUCCUCCACGGUCCCCACCACCACCGACUACCCCGGGAGCCUGGACUUCCAGCUGCGUUUCACUCAGUCCAGUACGACUAAGUCGGUCACCAGCACGUACUCCUCCAUCCUGAACAAGCUCUACUGCCAGCUGGCCAAGACGUGCCCAGUACAAAUGCUGGUGAGCCAGCCGCCCCCGCCCGGCUCCAUCCUGCGGGCCACCGCCGUCUACAAGAAAUCGGAGCACGUGGCCGAGGUGGUGCGCCGCUGUCCGCACCAUGAACGCAUCCCCGAAAACAACGAAGGCCCCGCCCCCAAAGGUCACCUGAUCCGAGUCGAGGGCAGCCAGAGGGCUCAGUACAUCGACGACAGCAACACCCUCCGGCACAGUGUUGUGGUCCCCUACGAGCCGCCCCAGGUGGGCUCUGAGUGCACCACCAUCCUGUACAACUACAUGUGCAACAGCAGCUGCAUGGGGGGCAUGAACCGCCGACCCAUCCUCACCAUCAUCACGCUGGAGAGCCCUGAUGGCCGGCUGCUGGGACGUCGCAGCUUUGAGGUGCGUGUCUGCGCCUGCCCCGGCCGCGACCGGAAGACCGAGGAGGAGAACAACUCCAAGCUGCAGGAGAAGUCGACGUCCAAGACCAGCGGAGGCACCAAGCGCGCCCUUAAGGAACCAUCCCAGACCGGCCCCCGGCCUGAACCCAGCAAGAAGACCAAGUCCAGCUCCAGCACCGAUGAGGAGACCUACACACUGCAGAUCCGUGGUAAAGAGCGUUACGAGAUGCUGAAGAUGAUCAACCAGAGCCUGGAGCUGGGAGAUCUGGUGCCCCUUGCGGACCAGGAGAAGUACAGGCAGAAGCUGCAAUCCAAGGUGGGCAAGCGUGAGAAGGAGCGCGAAGCCCCGGAGCCGAAGAGGGGGAAGAAGCUCCUGGUGAAGGAGGAGAAGAGCGACUCGGACUGAGCGGCAGGAAUCUGGCCUCUGCUCCCAUUGAGUCCAUAGAUUCUGAGUGGUCCUGGUCCUGGAUCUGUACUUAAUAACCACACAACGGCACAGACUUUGAUAUGCUUGUAGACUUUUUUUUUUUAUUUUAAAAAACAAAACAAAAAAAAAAAACUUGUAGCCUUUAUUUUUUUUAUCACUUUUAAAUGAUACAAGCUAAAUAAACUUUUUAUACAAAUUCCCACACCUGCUGGUCUGAAUAACAUACAACACUGCCAAAGCCCGGCUUAGUAAACGGGACAGCCUGCUCCGCUUAUGGCUAA